UAAUUUACUGUAUUUAUUUAUUGCCUCUUACAUGAAUUUUUUUUUUGGGGGGAAAAAUGAAGAGUGAAUAAUUAAUAAGAAAAAGCAUGUACGAUUAAAAAAACAGGCAAAAAUUUGACAGUCCACUUAUACUCUACUAAAAAGCAACAUACGCUCCAUUCUCCCAACUUCGCAUCCCCCAAAACCCACAAAAAAAACACCAUCAACAAUUUACAAUAACAACAACUAUGAAAUGAAAAACCAUCAAUUAUUAUUCUCCUUCUAUAAUUCCAUAAUACUAUAAUUCAUUCCUUACAUUUUCAUCCCACCAUUUUUCUUUAUGCUUCAUUUUUAUGGCAACGGCUAUUUUUCUUCUUCUCUCCCUCACUCUCACCUUUUGUUUUGCCACCAUUUUUUCCGGCGCUACGGUGACGGAGGUUGACUCACUGCUCGCCUUCAAGCGCCAUCUUAAUGACCCACUUGGCGUAUUAGAUGGCUGGGAUUCGUCCACCCCAUUAGCCCCUUGUGACUGGCGUGGAGUUGGCUGUUACUUUAGCAGAGUUAAUCAGCUCCGCCUUCCACGGUUGCAGCUCACCGGUGUUAUUUCGCCGGAGAUUGGGAAGUUACGGCAGUUGCGGCGGUUGAGUCUCCACUCAAACCACUUUCAUGGGUCUAUUCCGAGGUCUUUUGCCGAACUUUCUCUUAUUCGUGCUCUUUACCUUCAUAAUAAUUCCCUUUCCGGCGAUGUUCCGCCGGGGAUUCUCUCGCUUAGUAAUCUCCAGGUCGUUAAUCUCGCCGGUAAUGACCUGUCGGGCAGAAUCCCCGGCGGAAUCUCACCCAGUCUCCGGGUGCUGGACCUGUCGUACAACAACUUCUCCGGGCGGGUCCCAGCGAACUUCUCGGACAGCCUACAGCUGACGCUGAUUAACCUCUCGUCGAAUAGGUUCUCCGGAGAGAUACCCACCAGCAUUGGCGCGCUAAAACGGCUGCAGUACUUGUGGUUGGAUUCGAAUCUUUUAGUGGGUACUCUUCCUUCGGCGAUAUUGAAUUGUACAUCACUUGUUCAUAUUUCUGCUGAGGAUAAUUUCAUCUCCGGUAAUAUUCCGGCGACGAUUGGUGCAAUGCCGGAGUUGGAGGUACUUUCUCUUACCUCCAAUAAACUUUCUGGUGUAGUUCCUGCCUCUGUGUUUUGUAAUGUGUCCAACCCUCGGUCGCUUCGAUUCGUUUUCUUGGGAUUAAAUGCCCUCACGGGAAUCGCUAAGCACCCAAAUGGGUGCACGUUUAGGGGUGGACUGGAGGUCAUGGACCUUCACGGUAACCGCAUUGUUGGCGAGUUUCCGAAUUGGGUGGCGGAUAUUCCAACGUUGAGGGUUUUAGAUCUUUCUGGGAACCUCUUCACUGGUUCACUUUUUGCGAAUUUUGGAAAUAUGACGAAUUUAGAGGAGUUUAAGGUGGCUAAUAAUUCAUUAAUUGGUCAAGUUCCUAAGGAAUUAGGACAAUGUAGUAUGUUGAGGGUUCUUGAUCUUGAAGGGAAUCUAUUUUCUGGGAAAAUUCCAGAAAAUUUUCAGAAUUUGAGUAAUUUGAGGGUUUUGUCAUUAGGAAGAAACAGUUUUUUGGGUUUCAUUGACUUUGAUGUUGGGAGUAUUCAGAGUUUGGAAGUGUUGAAUUUGAGUGAAAAUGAAUUGACUGGAGUGGUCCCAAAUGAGGUGCUUCAACUCACUAAUUUGACCACUUUGAACCUCAGUUUUAACAAUUUUUCUGGGCAUGUUCCAGUAGAAGUUGGUGAUUUGAAGAGUUUAGUGGUGUUGAAUUUGAGUCAUUGUGGGUUUUCGGGUUCGAUUCCGAGUAGCAUUGGGGGUUUGAUGAGGCUAAGAGUUUUAGAUUUGAGCAAGCAGAGAUUAUCUGGGAAUUUUCCUGCUGAAUUGUUUGGGUUGCCCAAUUUAGAGGCUGUUGCAUUGCAGGAGAAUGAUUUACAUGGGGAUAUUAUUGAGGGUUUUAGUAGUUUAGUUGGUUUGAGGUACUUGAAUCUUAGCUCCAAUUCUUUAUCUGGUGAUAUCCCGGCGACUUUUGGCUUCCUCCGGUCCCUGAAUGUCCUCUCUCUUUCAGAUAAUCAAGUCUCGGGUGAAAUUCCACCUGAGCUUGGCAAUUGUUCAGAGUUACAAGUACUUGAACUUGAAAGGAAUCGUUUGGUGGGCAAUAUUCCGAAUUCUUUGUCAAGGUUAUCUCAUUUGAAGGAGCUUGAUUUGGGUCAUAAUAAUUUGGAUGGUAAUAUACCAAAGGAUAUUUCCAAAUGCUCUGAUUUGCAAAAGUUGGUCUUGGAUUUUAACCAUUUAUCAGGGCCUAUUCCAGGCUCAAUGUCAAAAAUGCUACACCUUAGAAUGCUUGAUCUUUCAUCAAACAAUUUGAGUGGCUCCAUCCCCGAAAAUCUAACCCAUAUAUCAAGCUUGCAGAGCCUUAAUUUAUCCUCGAAUCAUUUUGAAGGAGAAAUCCCGAAAACACUAGGUUCUCACUUCAGUGAUCCUUCAGUGUUUGCAGACAAUGGAAAGCUGUGUGGGUAUCCAUUGAAGAAGGAAUGCUCUUAUGUGAGACGGAGAAAAAUGAAGAAGUUGAUAUUGAUUAUUGGUGUUGCACUUGCUGGGGUUAUUUUCCUAGCAUUAUGCUGUUGUGGUUAUAUCAUAAGCCUCCUGCGUUUGCGUGAGAAGCUCAAAGGCAAGGCAGCCGGGGCAGAGAAGAAACCUAGCCCACCGAGAAAAAGCUCUGGAGCAGAAAGAAGUAGAAGCAGCAGCGAAAAUGGUGUCCCAAAACUUGUCAUGUUCACUAGUAAGAUUACAUUGGCAGAGGCCUUAGAAGCAACAAGGCAAUUUGAUGAAGAAAAUGUUCUAAGCAGAGGAAAGUAUGGGAUGGUGUUCAAGGCCUCCUUUGCUGAUGGAAUGGUCCUCGCAAUCAGACGAUUACCUGAUGGAUUCCUUGAUGAUAGAGGCUUCAAGAAGGAGGCUGAGAUGCUCGGGAAAGUGAAGCACCGGAACAUCACUGUGUUGAGAGGGUAUUAUGCCGGUCCACCUGACAUAAGACUCCUAGUUUAUGACUACAUGCCUAAUGGCAACUUGGCUACUCUUCUGCAAGAAGCAUCACACCAUGAUGGACAUGUCCUGAAUUGGCCAAUGAGGCACUUAAUCGCGCUUGGGAUUGCUCGUGGGAUCACAUUCUUGCACUCCUUAGAUAUGGUUCAUGGUGAUAUCAAGCCUCAAAAUGUGUUAUUUGAUGCUGAUUUUGAAGCCCAUUUAUCAGAAUUUGGUCUAGACAGAUUGACAAUUGCAACUCCAAUCGAAGCCUCAACAUCAACACCGCCAAUCGGAACACUUGGAUAUGUUGCUCCAGAAGUGGUGUUAACAGGUCAUGUAUCAAGAGAAGGGGAUGUGUUCAGUUUUGGGAUUGUUUUGCUAGAGAUAUUGACAGGGAAAAAACCCAUUAUGUUUGAGCAAGAUGAAGAUAUUGUAAAAUGGGUCAAGAAACAGUUGCAAACAGGUCAAAUAUCCGAGCUAAUCGACCCGGGUUUGCUGGAACUAGACCCUGAAUCAUCCGAGUGGGAAGAAUUUUUACUUGGGAUCAAAGUAGGCCUCCUUUGCACAGCACCCGACCCGAGUGAAAGACCGUCUAUGGGUGAUAUCGUAUUCAUGCUCGAGGGUUGUCGGGUAGGACCCGAUAUCCCGUCCUCCGCGGAUCCGACCUCACUUCCUUCCCCUGCCGGGUAACCUAUGAAAGAAAAAAAAAGUUGAUCACCCAACCAACUUUGUUUUGGUAAAAAAAAAAAAUUCAGAUGAUGUGAUUUUGUUUCAAUUUUAACAAAAUGUAAUGGUGAUUUUUUAUGUGUGUAUAUAGAGUAUUUAAUUAAGUUGAUUAAAUUUUAUUAUGUUGCAAGU